AUGAUUCAGAAAAAAUAUCUGGUGACAUUUUUUGUUGCUGGUCAUUUAACUACAGGAGCUGUUAUUACUAUUUAUUUGUUAGCUAAGCACCCUCAAUAUCAAGAUAAAUUGAGACAAGAACUUUUAAAUGCAUUUCCAAAUCCUGAGUUCACUCCAACAUAUAAUAAUCUUAAUAGUCUAAUGGCUGAUGGAGACACAAUGUUGAAUGGAAUGUUGAAUGGAAUGGAUACUUUGUUCCAAAAGGAUUUUGGUCUUGAUAAGGGCACGACAGAACCUAAUUUGUUAAUAAGAUCCUUAUGUUUUGGAAAAAUUACUAUCAAAAUACUUGCCUGUGGAGAUGAGAAAUACUGUAUAUGGCAUGAAACAUUUGUUGUUUGUGUCAUUUAUACUUAUUUUGCAUUAGAAGGAGCUUGA